CAUUGAGGGCGGAGAUGUUGCAAGCAGAGCUCCCUGCUCCAUACCGAGUUGGCCUGCAGCUCCUUCACCUCUCCAAGCUGUCUUCAGGCUGCAAGAGUCCAGCUGAUUCCCAAUGAGGACAAAGAUGGACUGUGACUCAAUGAGGUUCUUGGGCUGGGGAUUUGUCCUUUUCCUGAUCCUUCUGGAACCAUCUACAGGAGCUGAUCCUCCUCAUUUCUGCUAUGGUGCACCAGGACUUCCUGGUGUGCCUGGCCCUCCGGGAAAGGAUGGCAGAGAUGGACUGAAAGGAUCUAAGGGAGAGCCAGGACCCCCAGCCAUUCCUGGAAGUCAAGGUCCCAAGGGGCAGGCAGGAGAACCCGGAGCCCCUGGCUUUCCAGGGAAGAACGGGCCUCGAGGCCCCGCUGGGCCUCUUGGGGAGCCUGGCUCGAAGGGUGACGAUGGCGAGCCAGGCGAUCCGGGUGGCUACAAGCGGAGUCAUCAGUCAGCCUUCACUGUGAUGCGGCAAACGCCUCAGCACCCUGCCAAGAACAACCCUGUUGUCUUCAACAAACGCAUCACCGACAUCAAUCAAGAGUACGAUGUCAGCACUGGCAAGUUUACAUGCCGCAUCCCCGGUGUCUACUACUUCACUUAUCACACGUCUCAGACGGCAAACCUCUGCGUCAACAUGUACCUGAACCAGAACAAGAUGGCCAGCUUCUGCGACCACAUGUCCAAUGACAAGCAAGUCAGCUCGGGCGGCGUCCUGCUUCAGAUGCAGGCGGGGCACCAGGUGUGGCUGGAAGUCAACGACUACAACGGCAUGGUGGGCAUCGGUGGAUCUGAUAGCGUCUUCUCUGGCUUUCUGCUUUUCCCGGAUUAGACUCAUUGAGAUUGCCCCAGAGCAGCUGAACGAGGCUUUCCCAGCAUGAUUCAAGCUUGGGAUGGGCAAAUCUAUCCAUGCUGGUUUCUUACAUUCAGCAUGGGUAGGGUGUGUGUGUGAGGGGAGGGAGUGCUUCACCUUUUCCAGGCCCCUGCAGCUUCUCCACCCCAAAUCACUGCAGCUUCUCUCCAAGCCCUUCAUGCGAGAUCUUUCCCAUCACCAGCUACUAUUCUUCAAAGCUACUUUGAACAUUCUUAUUUUUUUUCAUGUUUGUUCCAAAAGGUUCUCAGCUGCUGUGGAAAAAUAAAAAUGCUUAACCCUUUCA